CUCGACCACAGGACACGCAAGACGUGAUGGCAAGCAUCGUGCCGGAUGGGAAGGGUACUGUUGAUGUGGUGCUAGAAUGCUGUCUCGAGGGCGUAGAGUCCGCUAGCCAAGCCCGGAGCGGGGGUGCUCAUCGGAUAGAGCUCUGCGCCAACUUAGCUCAGGGCGGGGUGACGCCUUCGGCCGGGGACAUCGAAGGAGCCUUGCUGGCUGUGAGAGGUUCUCACACGAGAGUCCACGUGCUCAUCCGACCACGCCCAGGAGACUUCGUGUAUUCCGUCCUCGAGAAGCAGGUCAUGGAGAAGGACGUCUCAGCGGCGGUCAAGGCUGGGGCGCACGGAGUUGUCAUCGGGGUGGCGAAGGCAGCAGCAGCAGCAGCGGCAACGGCAGCGGCAAAGGACGCGUGUAGCAUCACGUUUCAUCGGGCCUUCGACUGCUGCACCACCGAUGAGGUUGCAGCUAUGGAAUCGCUUGUGAGACUGGGAGUCGAUCGCGUGUUAACCUCGGGGAGACACGAAAGUGCGUGGGACGGGCGAGCGGUUAUAUCUCGACUCGUCGAGGCUUCUGGGGGGCGCAUCGGUAUCCUGCCAGGUGCUGGGGUCACACAUGGUAACGUGAAGCAACUCUUGCUGCAUACGGGGGCGAAAGAAGUGCACGUCGGCUCCGCCUGCCAAGAGAAAGUUCCGAGAACCGCUCUUCGCGAGGAUGCGACUGUUUGUGUGGGGUUGGUGGGAGAAGGUUCCGCCGCCGCCGGCCUCAAGCGAGUAUCUGCUGGUCGAGUAUGCGAGAUGCUAACCAUAAUAGCCGAGGGAAUGUCGUGAAGUCACAGCCAAUCUAGAGCUGCGCUCGACAUUUCGGUUGCUCUGCUGUUGUCGUGAUCUUGUUAGGUCUGCUUUUGGUUGGUCGCUGCCGUCCGCCCUCUCAUGUAUGCUAUGAAUCGUUGUUUACAAGGUGUUCCGUUGUUAUCAUCGCCGUUGUCGUUGAUUUUGUUGUUGGUGGCGGUGGUUUUGACAUCCUCCCCGUUAUUUUUGGUUGAGCAGACUCUGUAAAGUGACGGGAGACCCAAGUACGUGGGACCACUCGACAUGUUUUUGUGAGUUUUGUCUCAAGUUGCCUGCAUGACACAAGCGUUGUACACAGUACAUGCGGGCCACGGCAAGUCUUGGUUGCGUUGGAUGGAAUAGAUGCUGUGGUUGACUAUUUUCCUGCUCUAUGCAAAUGCCGAGCUUCGUGCUUUAAAAACCGCCUCCUAAAUA